CAUUGUUGUCAUUCAGAAUCAGAUUCGAGAAAGUGUCACGAGAUGAAUCUUUACACUUCCAACACAAAUUCACCUCUCACAAAAUGAUCACGACAAACACUAAAUGGAAUUUCGUGCAUUAUUUAUCAAGGUGUUUCCGUCUGACCUCACAUGACGAAGAAAAACGCGGAAACAAUGUUUUUUGGUUGUUGUUUUUUUUUUCAUGCAACAUAGAGGUUGGUUGGUUGGUAUCGAUACUGUGAAUGUACUAGUAAUACGUGUUUUAAGGGAUUACUAUUCAUAGUUUAAAAAAUGGAGAAUGAAGAAAGAUGCGUCUCCAGCAGCUGUUCGGACUGGAUGUCUAGGAUGCCCUCGAGUUUUUGGGAGAAACCGCUGUGGAAUAUCGCUAUACCCGGAAGUCAUGACACCAUGACUUACUGUUUAGAUCAGCAGUCCUCAGUACUAGAGUCUGCGCCGAAGAUGGUGCAAAUGUUAGACAAAUUAUUUCCAUGUAUCGUUCGGCCCUGUAUAAUCAAAUGGGCAACAACACAGGAGAACAACAUCUCUAACCAGUUGGAUUUUGGCAUUCGGUUUCUUGAUCUAAGAAUUGCUCAUAAGAUAAAAGACCCUAAUGAAGUUUUCUACUUUGCACAUGGGAUCUACUCUCUCCUCACAGUAAAGGAAGUGCUCUCAGAUAUUUCCUGCUGGUUAGACCAGCACACCAAGGAAGUGGUUAUCAUUGCACUUUCUGCCUUUGAUGGAAUGAGUCUGGAUCAACACAGAGACCUCAUUCAAUUCCUCAUAAGCACUUUUAGCAAUAAAAUUUGUCCUAAUCAUGUCACACCCUCACUAAAGGAGUGUUGGGAUCACAGUUAUCAGGUGAUUUUGUCAUAUGAUGACUCGGCUGCUUCUGGACAAGGGGAACUGUGGCCCCGCUGUAUAUAUUGGUGGGCAAACACAUCAGAUCCAAAUCGUGUCGUAUCCUACCUGGAGGAGAGAAAAAAAGAGGAAGGGAGACCAGAAAAGUUUUUUGCUGCUGGUCUGAACCUAACUGAGGAUGCCAGGUAUAUAGUUUCUCAUCCAUGCCAGUCAUUACAAAGCAUGACCCUGAGCUCCUAUAGUCUUCUUUUGAACUGGGUCAAGCAGCAGUGUCCAGGCUCAGGCAAAACAUGUUUAAACAUCAUCUGUGCAGAUUUUGUGGGGGCUUUCAGCAAUGAGUUCUCCCAGCUGGUUAUUGGACUCAAUCAAAAACUCUUAAAAGAGACUUGAUAUUUAAAUAUGCCACAAAUGACGUUACAUAAAAAACAUGUAUUACAUAAAAUGUAUCAUCUUUAUGCACAUUACAAUGAUAGCGUUGUAUGUUUACAUAUUAAUCAUUUUCCAGUCUUAUAUGACGGUCCCUAAACUGUGAAGGGUCAAAAAUGUUUUGUGCAUUGCUGCCAUCUAGAGGCAAUAUUUAGGUUUCUUGUUUGUUUAGGAGACACAUGCCUCAAAAUAAUGUUACUUGCAAUUUCAUUGUUGCAUCAAUCUUUAAAAAUGUCAAAGAACUAAAUGUCUUUCCUGCUUUUCUUGGAUGUUUGAUCAAAUGGAUAAGGCAUAUUUCUAUAAUCAAAGACUGAAUGGCUCAAUAGAUUAUAUAGCAUUACCUGUCCAAUGAGUCACACUUAAUUUUAAUACAAUCCAAUGCCUUGUCAUGACUUCAUCUAUUGUUGACACUCUGUUUGGCUGUUAGUCCACGUGGGUUACGUCUAUGUAUCUGUGGGGUCUAAUUUUAGAUGGUGCCUGUGAUUGCACUUUCUAAGGUGCUUAACAUUUAUAGUAUCUUAAGUGAUAAUCCAGUUCACCGAUGCCUUUCACACUCGGUUUGUUUGUGUAGGGUGUGUGAGGUAAAUACAAACAUGUUGUUGUUUUUUCUCUUUUCUGAAAAUGAUCACAGAGAAACUUUUUAGAAAGUCUUUCCAAAUUUACUGUAAAUUAACAUCUCACCUAUUCCAAGACAAAUCAAAAUUUGUUUCUUGGGCAACAUUUUUAUACCAUGCAGAGACAUGUCAUUUUAAUAAAUAAAAAAAAUAAUCUUC